UACUCACCAUGCUCUAUAUAUACUGGUUUCAUUUGAGUUGCUCAAAUAAUAAAGUAAUAAGUUUAGAGACAUUUCUUUUGUAGAAACAGUUCCAGUUGAAACUCUUCUCAGUGGAUUGCCCAGAAAAAUGUCUGAGAAGGUGCAAGCUGAGCUCAGUUCAUAAAUAGCCUUACCACUUCCUCAUAUGGUACAUUUAGCAAAAUGGAGCUUGUUGUACUUCUCUGUGCCGUUUCUCUGCUGCAUUCAUGUGAAGCACAAGAGUCCAGUGCUGUGACUCCUGUGUUUGUGAAGAAGAGAGAGGAUGUGCUUCUGAAUGUCACAAUAGCUGAUGAUCCUAAAGACGAUACUGUUAUCUGGAGAUUCAAUAAAACAGUUAAUUUAGUACGAUUUUUACCUGGUAGAGGACCAAAAGUCUCUGAUGAUUACUCUGGAAGAAUUGAGUUGCUUGAGAACUACUCUGUGAAAUUGAAGAAUCUAACAGAGACAGACAGUGGAGUUUAUAUUGCAGUAGUGUCUGGGGAUAAAGAAAAACAAAUAACUGGAUACAAGAUUACAGUCCAAGAUCCAGUGUCUCCAGUUAAACUGUCAGUGGACUCUGUGUCUAACAGCUCAGACUGGUGUAACCUGACAGUGAGCUGCAGAGCACAGGACUCUCACAUUAACUCCACCUUUAGAUGUGACACCCACACCAACACCUGCAGUCAGGAGGAAGGAGAGAGAUCACAGGUCCCACCCUCUGCUGCUGAUCUCAAUGUCUACCUGUCCAAAGGCUCCAUCAUCUGUAACCAUAGCAACCAGGUCAGCUGCACCAAGGACAUCGAAGUAAUUGAAAAAUUCUGCCCCCGACAUGCUGGUCGUGAACCUUCAAAUGCCAUCUCUGUGGGUGCUGGUAUUGGCAUAGGUAUCUCUCUCUUCCUCCUAUGUAUUGUAGCAGCAGCAGCAGCAGCAGCAUUUCGUUAUCAUCAAAAGAGAGGACAAUAUAAAAGAGAGAGCAUGGAGAAUACAGUAUAUGAAGUUCCUCGGGUCGGACAUACAACCUUACCUCAGAGUCCAACAGCUGAAGUUACAGGUCUUUCUCCGACCUCCACCUACAGCACGGUAGGGCCUCACACUGGACCUGUGGAUUCCAGUACGACUCUGCCAGAGAGUCUGUAUGCUCAGGUGGAUAAACCCAGGUCCUUAAACAAGUAAUCAGCAUGGUAUUACACAUAUACAAUUUACAGUUUAGCUGUCUAUGUUUACAGUAAUGUAAGUUCAUGUGACCUGCUCUGGUAUUGAGAGACUCCUCCAAUACAGAAACAUUUCAAUGGAAACAGCUGUAAUAUAAUGUAAUGUUAUUAGUAUUUUUGUAGUAUUAUGUUAAUAUGUAUGUAUGUGUGUGUGUGUGUGUGUGUGUGUGUGUGUUUUUAAACACCUGGACAUUUAAAUAUCUGGGGUCAAUAUCUGCGCAUUUCGUAAUUUUUUUUCAUUGAGCCAUGUGUCAUUAAAAAUUAUAUUUUGUUUUAUA